AUGAAUUGCACCGCAAUCAACAUCACAUCAGCCAGUUGUGGUUCACUCCCAUAUUUUCCUAUACCAUCUGCCGAGAGACUUUCUCCCGAGCUUCGCGCUGUAUUCAUCUUCAAAAUCGCCGUUAACGCUAUAAGCUGUCCUUUGGUCGUUUUGCUGAACACCUUGGUGAUGGCGGCAGUGAAAACCAAUCGUCGACUUCGCAGCAAAUCUAACGUAUCACUUGCCUGUUUAGCCACAACUGACCUUAUUGUGGGACUUGUUGUUCAACCUUUGCAAAUCGCUCACCAUAGUUUUGUGCUCAAAGGUGAGACUGGCAUAAUUUGCAGCACGCUUGCCACAAUAAGAGUAGCUGUUACCACAAGGUGCAUCAUAACUUCGCUUUACCACUUCGUUUUAUUGAGUGCAGAACGUUAUAUUGCUAUAAAACACUCUUUCGCAUACGAGAACCUUGUUACUGAAGUUCGUAUCAUCGCAGCCUCUGGUCUUGCGUGGGCUGCCGCGAUGAUCGUUCCGGCGGAAGACUUCUGGCCACCGAACAUACAAUAUGUGGCAAUAUUAGCUGUUGUUAUUAUGCAGUUUAUCUCCAUUGUGUUAGUCGUUUAUUUUAAUGUUUCUGUAUACAGGGAGGUCCGCCGCAACGAAAAACAAAUUAUCGCUAAUCAAGUUUCCGUAGAAGUGAAGGAGAAGUUACUCAAGAAUAAGAAAGCUUUUUACUGCACAAUUAUUGUACUGCUCACAGUUUUCCUGUGUUGUUUCCCGGCAAAUAUCAGCACUGUCAUUCUGAUAUCCUUGGAAGAGAGCAUCGCUAUUAAUGUAAGAAAUGUCAUAUUUCAUCUUCUUUCCUUAUUGCCCGUAUUGAAUUCGUUGUUUAAUCCACUGAUUUACGCUGUUAGAAUAAGAUACUUUCGCGUAGCUUUCAUUCAGUUCUUGUUGAGGAAAACUAUCGUACAAGCCGAGCAGCUUGAAAGGAAUAUUUUUGGACCAAAACAAGUUCGAGUUGCAAAUGUAGCGACUGCUGAAUAG